AUGGAUGCAGAGUCAGACAACGUAGAAAAUAAGGAUGGUUCAAGAGGAGAGCAAAUUGUAUUAAUUUCUAAGACAGGAGGUUGUCAUCAAGUUGACAGAAACAUGCUCCUACGUGCCAGUGGUUAUUACCAAAGUUUAGUGAACAGUGGAAUGAAAGAUGUCCAUUAUAGAGAGCUUACUCUGGCAUGUUUAACGAAUGAAUCGUUAAUAGAAGUAAGGGACUAUUUAUCCGGAUUGUCAACUAACGUGUUCGAAAGCCUGAAGUCGUUGAAUGAAAUAGAAGCAGGGCUGGAUGGUGCUUUCUACCUACAAAUAAAUGAUAUGAUUGAUAGCUACAUUGAAUUGUUGUUGAAAAAUUUGAACAAGUCAGCAUGCAUUCGUAUUUUGGACAUCGCAAGCAAGUACGUUUUAAAUAAUCAGGUGGUCGAAAAAGUUAUCAAAUUCAUGUUGAAGUAUUUCAAAGAGAUCCCAGAAAGCUGCAAAAUAUCAUUAUCACCAGACGAAAUGCUUUACUUGGUUGCAUCAGAGGAAAUGAAUGCAGACAGCGAAAUGGAUAUUUUCAAUCUGAUAAUCAGGUGGGUUUCGGAGGAUCCGUCGAGAAAAUGUUUUGCAGAAAAAUUGUUGACCGAAGUGAGGUACAGUCUGAUGACAACCUCGGAUAAGCAAAAAUGUACUGACACAAUUCUUGAUCUAAAUUUAAAUAUUAGCUAUGAUACAGAUAAAGAUUCUAAUAUUUCUCGUACAGUUGGUAUACUCUUUACGCUUGGAUCAACUAAAAUCAAGGGCCAAAAAAAAAGCUUUGUUGAUAUUCUUCCAGUUUAUGAUUUUGUUGAAGCUUGCAAAUUCAGUAGGGACAACUCUGGCCCAUCACCAGUCAAAUUCAAUCCAUCAAGAAGAAGCCGACCACCAUGUAAUGUGACUCGUAAGGCCUGUGUGGUUGACAACUGCUUGUAUCUGUUCGAAAAAUGGACAAAUGAUGGUAGUUUCUCUGGCAGAGUUUUCAUGUACAAUCCGAUUGCUGCUGUUUGGUCUAAGGUUUACUAUUUUUAA